AGACUUUCUACCUUCAAAAAAUGGCUGAUCACAGGGACGCUGUAUUAAAUAGUAAAGAAUUCGUGGAAUCAUCCCCAAUGCCAAAGGAUGUGCCACACGUCGAUGAAUUGGGUGUCACUUCCGCACCACUCAAAUCAGCCUCCUUCUUCAUAGGCGAUAAGUGCAAAGAGUACAAUGACGAUUUUAUGCUUUGUAAGCAAGAGAACAACAACCCAGAGCAUUGCUUGAAGGAGGGUCGUAAGGUUACAAGAUGUGCCGCUUCUGUUAUAUCGGAUAUAAAUAAACACUGCUUUAAGCAAUUCGAAUCUCACUUCCAAUGUUUGGAAUUUAACAAUCAGUACUUCUACCCUUGUAGAAAACAAGAACGUAGCUUGAACGAAUGUGUUGCAGCUAGCUUAAACUUGCACAAAAACAUCCCUGGCACUCCAGAAGGUCAGCCACAAAUACACGAAAAGACAAACCCAAUCCACAAGCGCGUACAACAUUAGAAUGUAUUAAUUCAUAUCCACUCUUUCCUGACAAUUUACUCUCGCUCCAUCUCAUCUUCUCUCGUAUCUGUCAACACGGUCGUUGUCCCUAUAGUGUCGUGAUCCCCGAUCAUCUCUGGAGGACCUAUAAUCAUCUCUGUAAUCACGAUAAUCCCUAUGACUACGAGAUGCUCUAUCAUCACGAGAACCUCUAUAAUCUUUUUUAUAGCCUCCACGUCUGUCGUCUCUCCUUGGACUUCGACUACGUUGCCUCUUCUGCUCACGUCUAUCUCUUUCUUCUAAAUCAAAGACCAUAGCUCCGCCAGCUUUAGGAAGAUCCCUUCGUGGCACACUUUCUCUUGUAUGUCUACCUUUCUUUCCUUGACCACCCAGCCAUUGUGUGUGUAACUUACUGACCGAUUGUGAGAAGUCGACGAAAAUACGUCUAUCAUCAACCAAAACAUUUUGCAUUCGGAAAUAGGCUGCUUCGGCUGAUUCCCUUUGAUCGAACUCUAUGAAGGCAUAACAAAGACUGCUACCGUCGUUCUUAUCUCUUAUUACUUCACAACUGAGAAUUUUACCAAAUCUACUAAAUAUCAAUUCCAAAUCUUCAUCUCUCGUAACCGGAUUUAAUUUGCACACGAAUAAAAUAUUUUCAGGUGGCCUUAUCUCUGCAAAUGGUAAAUCACCGACCAUUUCCAAUGUCAAUGCUGACGCGGAUGCUGCAUGAUCUCUCCUCCUUUUCUCUUUGACUUCCUCAUCCAAAUCUUGUUCUAGAUCUUCAUCUGAGCCUAUCCUUACCAAUCCACUGUUGGCGUCUGGUACGUCUGUAGGAGGCUCAUUUGGUAUUACUAGACUAGCUGGAUCGUCGAAUGGAUCUUCAAGUAUGACAACGUGUCUUAUACGCACAUCCUUGUAUGGUCUACCAUCACUAUCUACGUAAACCUCAUUCAUCUUUUCUAAGGUAUCUAAACCUUCGACAACCUGUCCAAAAGGCGCGUGUUUACCAUCUAAAUAAGAAAUGUUCUCUCCUAAUGUUAUAAAGAACUGACUACCACAACCUGGCUUUCCUUCGCUAUCCCUAGACACUGCCAUUGAUACCGUACCCUUCUCCUUGUGCUUCAAACUCGGCUUUAUCUCCGGUGUGAAGUAUUUAGUACGAUUAUUAAGAACACCUUCAAUUGAGUUACCGCCUUUUCCAGUCGCUUCAGGGUCACCAACUUGUGCUAGGAAAUUCUUAGAU